AGCUAGCAUCAGCCGCUGUGUCUCCACUCCCACGAAACCAAAAGAUAAAAACACAAUUCCUGAGCACCGUUUAGUUUCGCUACUCCGCAAGAACAGCAGCCUCCAUGGCCCUUGCUCAAGCCUCUGCUUCUUUCUCCGUCUCUAUACGCGAUGUUUGUGCUUUCAGCUUACCCAAAUCCACUUCUUCUUGUCGAUUUCCCCGAUCCAAUGUCGCUUCCAGAGGAACUUCCUUCGCCUCUGGUUCCCCUCUGUUGAUUCGGAAAAGCUAUGCAAGGCAGCCUGCUAGCAAAGCAAUACCUGUUUCAAUAAGGUGUGAACAAAGCACCCGAGGAGGGAACAGCUUGGACGUAUGGCUAGGCCGGUCAGCUAUGGUUGGCUUUGCAGUGGCCAUCACUGUUGAAAUUGCUACAGGAAAGGGUCUUCUGGAGAACUUUGGACUCACCAGUCCCCUGCCUACAGUUGCCCUGGCAGUAACAGCCUUGGUUGGCGUUCUGACCGCAAUUUUUAUCUUCCAAUCAGCCUCAAAGAACUGAUGACUUUUCUUUCGGAGUGCUCGUAGCCACUGUUUGUAUGUUCCGUAAGUCGGAGUUUUUAAGGAUGAAAUUUUAUCCUUGUUCGUUGUAUAAUUGCAUUGGGGCGAGGAAAGGGAUUGGAAGCUUCAAAUCAUAACCGGGCUUUUGGAAAAAUUAAGAUCUCUUUUAAUCAUAAUCUAACUGUAUUUCAGUAUGCGAAGUGCCGAAGUUAAAGGCACAAAAAUUUACACACAAAAAAAAAUCCUUCGAUGUAUGGUUACUCGGAAAUAACAUUAUAAUAGAUUAUCUAAAAUAUGUAUUUUUCUGUACAAAUAUAAAAUAUGUAAUUUAUCA